AUGUUGAACCAACCGCUUGAUAACAACGUUAUCAUAAAACUCGUUGUUGAUGAGCAACAACUGCAAUGUACUGGCUUCGAUUUAGUUUUCAAAGUAGUGUUUAGGACGACUCUUCAUCGUGCACUUCAUGAAUGGAGCUCUGUUUCUGCAGUUCGUUUCGAUGAGGUUCCCGGCAGAGCUGACAUCGUUAUCGGCUUCGAACGCGGUCAUCAUGAGGACGCAUUCCCGUUUGACGGCAAAGGUUACUACUCAGAUGGUCGGCUUCAUUUCGACGCAGACGAAGACUGGAGUUUGAACUCGUCACAAGGAGUGAACCUAUUUCAGACUGCAGUACAUGAGAUCGGUCACCUCUUGGGUCUGGAGCAUUCGGUCGAUCCACGUGCGGUGAUGUUUGCAGCUAGACGACCGUAUAAUCCGGACUUUACGCUUGGUGAGUGUUUGAAAUGUUAG